UCGAGAUGAGAAAGUAAAAGUUUAAAUUAGUUUUAAACAAAACAAACGACAGUUUGUAUUUCUUGUGCCAUUUUGUUUUUAAAUUGUAGAUGACUUAUAUUUUCUUUACAUUAUAAAAUCUUAUAAGUGGUAAAAUUCAUAGUGUUUUUGUCACACUCUAAGUUGGCAACUAUUACACCAUGUUUCUCUGUAGAAUAGACCUACUUGUUAUGCUAUCGGUAGUGAGUCACGUGUCUGGAGACGCAACAAACUCAAGUCUUAAUGUUGUUCACGAAUGGGUCCAGAUUGAGUAUGACUGGCCGUCGGAUCAAAUCAAAGACAACUACACUAGAAGAGGUCUGUACUCCCCAGAAAAAAGCCACCUCUCUGGAAUUGACGUCUACAAAGAUGACAUCUAUGUGACGGUUCUCAGAAUGACGCCGGCUGUGCCUUCGGGUCUCAACAAAAUCGUGGUGAAAAACGGGAAAUCCCUGUUGCAGCCUUUUCCAAGCUUGCAGGACAACGAACUUGGGAAUUGUGCGAGCAUUCAGUCUCCGUUCUCAACUCUGACUGACCCCAACACUGGUCUGAUGUACGUGGUAGACGUAGGUAGAACCUGGAGAGGUCCACCUAACUCUUAUGCACCCUGCCCGCCCAAGAUUAUGGUGUACGACCUUAAUGACAAGGCCGCUUUGAUUCGAAGCCACGAACUGCCCGAAAGCCUGGCGCCAAAGAAUGAGUCCAUCCUCAACGACCUGGUGCUGGACUACAUCACACGCGACGGUCAAGUGGCCAGGUACGCGUACAUCACGGACAUAGGCAGCGUGCAGAUUAUCGUGUUCGACUUCCUGACCAACAAGUCCUGGUCUUUCCGUCACGACUCCAUGAAGCCCGACGAGGACAGGGUCAUCAACUUUAACGGCGUGAACAACAGCGAGCUCGGCUACCCCGUGGACGGCAUCGCCAUGGACUCCAGCUUCCAGUACGUCUACUACUGUGCUAUAGGAAGUCGAAGGCUGUACCAAAUCCCGACGUCGGUCCUGCGAGACCCUAAUGGAGACUUUGCCGGUCACGUCAGACUGCUGGGUAAAAAGGUCUCCAACACUGAUGGUAUGGCCUCAGGUCAAAACAGUAUCUACUACGGGGCCUUGACCCUCAAUGCAGCGUACAAAUGGGAGAAGAAUAAAGAUGUUGCUGAGCAACAAGUACCAGAAGGGCGAGUAACUCUUGCCACUCAGACAGUGGUGGCGCAAGAUGAAAUCAAGCUAGUGUUUGUCGACAGUUUGAAAGUGGACACAGAGGGCUAUCUAUGGUUUACAUCCAGCAGGGCCCAGAAAUUUUUUACUGACACCAUGGACUGGACGGGCGCAAGUGGUAGCAACUACAGGAUUAAUAAAGUAUUCGUAGGAGACAAAAGUUAUCUGGUCAAAGGGACAUCAGUCGUGGUUGGUUAGCCGGACUGCCAGGACGGACAUUGUGCUUAUCAUAAACAUUUUUUUUUAAAUCACUUUUCAUAAUAAACUGUUAUAAAUAGCGCAUAAUAGCGGGUUGCUAGAGGCUUAAGCAAUUGUGCCCCCCCCCCCCCCCCCCGGUGUUAGCUAGAAUGAAUGAAUUGUAUUGCUGAGUUUGUAUUGUUGUGUUUGUAUUGCUGUGUUUGUAUUGCUGUGUUUAUUGUUACCCACCGGGUGUAUGCCGUUUCAGUUUGUGCUAGAAAUUAAAAGCUGGAAAGUAAUACGGUUGAAACAUAUUUCUAAAUUUAAAAAGUCACUUUAGAAGAAUUAUCUUGUAAAUAAAAAUAGUAUAUCCAUUUCCCAAUAUCUUGUUCUUUCUUUCAAGAAAAUGCUUGAUGUCUGAAAUUGGCCGUUGUUACUUUUCAAACGCCCACUUCCUGGCCUCAUGCUCUAUAAAAUGUGUGACAGGAAAUUAAGAACAAAACAAAUAUAGAAAGCAAACAAACAACUUACGAUCAAAAUAAGAAUUCAUUUUUUUUUUAAAUAAAGGCGCAUGUCAUGUCAUUGGAGACGCUUAAACAGUUAUGUGAUAAAAACAUUUCAAUGUCAAGACAUCCAUCUAUUUAUUUCACUUGUGACAGAGUUCAACUCACUGGAAUGUUUUUAUUCACGUUUAUUGUUUCCAUGGAAACAUUGCUAAUUAAAGCAAGCUUCAAAAACUUUAUUGCACUUUUAAUUCUCAAUGUAUUCUUUAUAAGUUAUGUUCAAUAGCUUGAGAAAAUGUUCUCCAGUGAUCGAUUUGUGUGUUCCCUUUCUACUUAAUGAUUGACUGUAAUGUUUAUUUUAUUUUUUUUCAAAUCUUUCAAAACAUUAGAUCUAUUUAGUGACUGUUAUUGACUAAUGCCCAGCAGCUUGUGUAAAUUCUAUGUGCUAAAGAAUAAAUUGCACGAG